GCACGAUAAAAUUCCACAAGAACUAAACGAUAAGAAGAAAUCAUCUUCAUUGUCGUCUCUCAUCCAAUCUUACAAACUCUCCUAUUUUGCUUUCGAUAUCCAUCGAAUCGACCAAUGGCAGAAAACAAAACUCUUCCUACCUAUUUCUGCAGAAACUGCGAGAAUCCAUUAGCUCUCGGUGAAGAUAUCAUCUCCAAAAAAUUCGUGGGAGCUUCGGGACCAGCGUUUAUGUUUUCGCACGCGAUGAACGUGGUGGUUGGACCGAAGAUUGGGAGGAAACUGAUAACAGGAUCGUACGUGGUGGCAGAUGUGAUGUGCAGUAAGUGUGGUGAACCGUUGGGUUGGAAGUAUGUCGAGACCUUCGAUCUUAGACAGAGGUACAAAGAAGGCAUGUUUGUACUCGAGAAGCUCAAGUUGACCAAGAGAUAUUGAAACUAUAGUCAAGAAUCUCCUGGAGGAUUAAGUUACAAAAAAAAAUAAGUAAAGGAAACUUAAAGGAAAUUUGUAUGUAUCUUUAUAUUCUUAUUACCUUUUGUUGUAUAAAUUGUCAUCAGUAUAUUACCGACAGGUGAUUUCGAAAAUUCAAUACUAUUUUAGUGGAACUUGGUCACGUGUUUGGUUGGAUA